GCUUAAAAGCUUUCGGAUUUCAUGUCUCUCGAGCAGAUUCGUCUUGUACCCAGUUCGAGAAUGAAGUGUCUGAUUCUAGCUUUUGCCGUUGCCGCCGUUCUGGUCUCCCAGGCGACAGCCGGAAAUGUGAUUAUCGGCGGUACCUGCCGUGACUGCAGUCCGCCGGUGGCGGAAAACGUGGUAGUUAAUGGUCAAUCCUACAAGACGGGCAGACCGGGUCAGGGAACCGUCUACAUCGGAUCCCCCGAUGCCUAUCCAGGAGCUUUGGAUGGUCAAGUCCGCCGACCGGGAGCUGGCGGAGGAGCUGGUGGCACCCGAUAUCCUGAAGGCUUCAGUGGUCGCGUGUCCGGUAACACUUACCUUCACAAUAAGGAUUGUGUUGGCUGCAGCAUCAGCGGGGGCGGGGACUGAAAAUUAAUAAAGUUUUAAAACCAAAAAAAAAA